GCUAAUCGUUCGAUUCUAGAAAACCUGUGCUGACAGAUCUCAUUAUGUACUUGUGAUAAUGUCUGAGGAGCAGAAAGAAAAGAAAAAACCCGUUCGCGUUUGGGUCGAUGGAUGCUUUGAUUUAUUCCACUUUGGGCAUGCAAACGCUAUAAGACAGGCAAAGUUAAUGGGAGAUAUUUUGGUUGCUGGAAUUCAUUCUGACGCUGAGAUAGAAAUACACAAAGGCCCACCAGUAUACAAUGAGGAGGAGAGAAGGCGAAUGGUGUCAGCUAUAAAAUGGGUUGAUGAAGUAGUAGUUGGAGUCCCUUAUUUCACAGCCUUAUCAAUACUUGACGAAAAUAAUUGCGAUUUUUGUGUACACGGAGAUGAUGUCACAAUGACUGCCGAUGGCGACGACUCAUACAGAGAAGUAAAAGCUGUUGGGAGAUAUAAGGAAUGUCAAAGAACAAGGGGAAUUUCUACAACGGAUCUUGUAGGUCGGAUGAUAUUGGCAACAAAGCAACAUCAUCAAACUAAUUACACUGGGAAUGCUGAAGAACUAGAAAUAGCUGGGCAAGCUCCUUGUUCUCAUACCCCAUAUACCCGCACAUCUAAAUAUAUAGCAACAACAAAAAGAAUUGUGCAAUUUUCUUCCGGAAAGGAACCAAAACCAACCGAUAGAAUUGUAUAUUGCGCGGGAGCAUUUGACUUAUUUCAUGUUGGUCAUUUAGAUUUUUUGGAAAAAGUAGCGAAGGAAGGAGAUUACAUAAUAGUUGGUAUUCACAGUGACAAGGUAGUUAACAGGUAUAAAGGUUCAAAUCUUCCAAUAAUGACAACUCACGAAAGAGUACUUUCUGUUCUUGCCAAUAAGUACGUUUCGGAAGUUGUAAUUGGCGCUCCAUAUUCAGUUACAUCUGAAAUGAUGGAUCACUUUCGCAUUGACGUUGUCAUUCAUGGAUCAACUGCUAUACAGCCAGAUGAAGACGGAACAGAUCCAUAUGAGGUUCCAAAAACAAUGGGAAAAUUUAAAAUCAUUCAAAGUGGCAAUACCAUGUCAUCUAGGGAUAUAAUGAAUCGUAUUAUUGAUAACAGACUGGCUAAGUCGGUACCGCAUAUUGGGGACACAGGUGGCGCUGGCGCUGCCCUGAAGGGAAGGAGGCACUUAUCGUUGUCCGAACUUUACCUCAAAUCAGUAGAGGAUAGUAAUUUGUCGACUGACGAAUCAACAACUGGUUCUGCUCCAACACUUUUCUGUGAGUUAGUUCAUUAUAAAGAACCUGAUGGAAAAAAAAGAAAGCGAAGGCGGAAGAGAAGAGCUUUAGAUAUGGGAGGAGCCAAUACAGUUCCUCUUGAAUCGAACGUGGACGUGCCGAAUUCGAAUGUUGACUCUGCAGCUUAUCACAGGUUGAAUGAUUUUGAAACGCUCGAUCAACAGUCAAGAUUAAUUGAUCAAUUGCCGAAAUUAAACCAAUCCAUAUCAAUUGACUUGGGUGCUAUUUCGUCCGAGAAAAAUGAAAAAUAUUUCAAGGAGGAUCCGCAAAAGUUGAUGAUAUCUGAAUUCUCAAUUCAAAGCGGUAGUGAAAAUAUAGAAUUGUCUGAAAAUAAUAGUCAAGAGGAUUAUCCUGGAUCAAAACUAACACAAAUAGAAAUUGAAAGGAAUUUUAACAGCAGUGCUCUUUCAACAGGCGGUCUGGCUGGUUCUGAUUCCAUAGGACAUUCGCUUGAUGAUGAAACUUUAAAUUUUGAUAUUAAACAUCAAAGCUGUUUAAGUGAUUCGGAUGGUGGUGUAAAAAAUAGUAAUUCUUCUCCAAUGACUAACGCCAACAACGAGAGUGCAUUAUUUAUAGCACUUGAUACGACUAAGACGGAUUCAGAUUAUUGGCCAGGCCAAGAAAAGGAGUUGGAGGAGGCCGAAGAACUCUCUAAAUUAGAAUCCAUGGACCACAAAGCUAAUUUAUCAGUGGCCGAACACGAUCUUGAAUUGCCAUAUUUAGCAAAAGAUCAACCUAAUAAAGACAAUAUUGAAUUUCAAUCUGAAAGUUUACCAACGAAUGAGAAGAAUUUAGGUAUGUCAAAAGAAUUGACGGAAGAGGAUAAUUCGGAAUCUCCCCAGUCGACUGACAACGGUAAUCGCAGCGACGAUUCGUUUCUUUCUAAUCCUAAAGAAGGGGAUGCCGUUGAAAUUUCAAGUGCUUUAGAACAUACUCAGGUAGUUGGAUUCAAUGUCAUGCCGAACAAAAAUAGACGCUUUGACACUGAAGAAACUGAUUCACAACAGAUGAUAAUGAAUUCAAAGUCAACAAUGACAAUUCCAAGGGGAACUGUUGCUCAAGACAUACAAAUGGUUGGUCUACAGCCUAAAAGGCAAAUUCAGUUAGCUGAACCGCUUCCCUGCUAUGUUUUCUCCAAGUCUGAUGACGGAGAAUUAACAGAAUCGGCCCUUGACAUUGAAAUUCAUCCUUGGAAUCAGAAUGAAGCUUUAGUUUUAGAGACCACCGAAAAAGAACCAUCAGAUUUUGAUUCAAAUAAAACUUUUGCCUCCACAAUAGAAUUGCAACAGAGAAGUAUUCCACAAUCUACCGAUUCGGAGCGUCUCGACGCUGGCGUCGAUACUCGAGAUUUGGUUACAAGUUUUGAAGAUAUGCAAAAUCUACCUUAUGAAAUUUUUGUCGGUGCUGAAGCUAUCAGGGAUGAAUGGUUGAAUAGAAAUCCAGUUUUGCAAAGAUCGUUUUCAACUUCGGAUAUUCCUCAAGAGAAAUAUAGAAGUGAACAACGUCGACCUAGUUUGGAGAUUAAGCCACUAGACGAAAAAACAACUUCUACCGAUAGUAUUCUAUUAGUUUUCGUGCCGUCCGGGGAUAAGCGUCGAACUCUUGAAUCGAGUUUUGACGGUUAUAAUCCCUCUCAUUUUUAUACAGUUCCAAUUUUUGAAAGAUCUGUUAGUGCUGAUAUGCUCAAAGUUUUCCGUCCAAAUGAAUGUCCAAAAAGGUCAAGAUCCUUAGAAGAUAUUGAACCUUUGGAGGAUGAUAUUACUGCUGAUGAAAUAUUUGCUGAAAGUCUUCGCCAAUCUGAACAAUGGAAGGAAGAAAUAUGUAAUGAAGGAGAGCCUGAAGAAGAAAUUUUCAGAAAAAAAGUUAGUUGGGCUGAUUUAUCAAGUGAAAAAUCUCCGAAACCUUCCCGAACUGUUCAGACUCAAACUUUCUUGCCUCAUAUAGCAACUCUUGCUCAAAAAAAGCUUGAAUCUGCAAAGGGUGCGCAAGUGAAAUUAACCUGCAAUUUUGGAACUCAAACAUCACAAGAAGUUAUUGAUAAAACGCUAUUAGGGCUUGCGCUAGAUAGAGAACAAGAGUUAGAAAGAGAUUUCAGAAAAAGAAAAAUAGAGUUUGCGGUCCAAGUCAAUUUUCCUAAAGACAACUCUGUUAAGAAUAUAGGCUGUCAAACUGGAGAUGUUUCUCAAGUACCUGAAGAAAUUCCCACUGACGAGAUUCGUAACAAUGUCAAUAUCGAUAGACAAAAUUCUAAAGAUAAUGAAAGUAUUGAAGAUUCAAGCGAAAAAUUUUCCCGUUCGCUUUCAAGGGAGAACCUUGAGGAGUCUUUAACUGCUAGUAGUAUUGAGCCUUUCACAACUCUUGACAAAUUGAUCUCAGAGAAUUUGAUAAAACCGACUGUCGAAGAUUCGGCUGAUGACAAUGCAAAAGCCAAUAGCGCGUCUGAUUCUGAUAGAGACAAUAGUGAAGAAAGCCCUAAACCUAGAACCAGUUUGGAAUCUUUCCAAACUCUAAAACACGAAGAUAGUCAACAUGUACCUCAAACGGCUUGCGAAACAGGCCAAGAAAUGACAGUUACAAUUAUGAGCCGAGAAAAUGUCAAUAUAGAGGAAGUAGAGCAAACAAUUGCAAGUAAUGUAACCUCAGGUGGUGUCAAGAUUACAAAACCUGAUAUUUUACAAGAUAAGCAAAGAGUUGAAAAGAAUAAAUUAGCUGGAGCAUUAACUGAUUUUAAAGAAUCGUCAGUGGAUCAACCGUCAGAUCUAUUAUACGUGUCCAAAGGUGAGUUGGAUAGGGGGGAGGGCGAAUAUAAAUUGCAAAAAGGGGAAGGAGGUGAAUCGCAAACAGGAGCUAAAGGCGCAUUGCCAAGUGACAAAGAAGGUAGAUUCCACAAAGAGGACGAGAGUGAACUGCAAAAAGAAGAUGAUAAAUCGGAAAGAGGAGAGGAAGAUAGACUUCAAAAAAGAGACGAGGGUAAACCACAGAGGGCAAAAGAAGGUGAAAUACAACAAAAGGAAGAAAAUAAACCUCAAACAGGAGCCGAAGGCGGAUCUCAAAGAGGGAAACCAGGUAGAUUGCAAAUAGGAGAGCAAGGUGAACCACAAAGAGGAGAAGAAGAUAGACUCCAAAAAAGGGACGAAGGUGAACCGCAGAAAGGAGCCGAAGGUAAAUCGGACAGAGAAAAGGAAGCUGGACUCCAAAAAGGAGAUGAAGGCGAAUUUCCAAGAGGGAAAAAAGGUAGAUUGCAAGCAGAAGAAGGAAAACCGCAGAGAGGAGAGGAAGGUAGAAUCCAGGGGGGAGAUAAGGGUGAAUUACAACAGAGAGAAGAAGGUAAAUCGGAAAGAGGAGAGGAAGGUAGAAUCCAGGGGGGAGAUAAGGGUGAAUUACAACAGAGAGAAGAAGGUAAAUCGGAAAGAGGAGAGGAAGCUAGACUCCAAAAAGGAGACGAGGAUGAACUACAAAAGGCAGAAGAAAGUAAAUCGGAAAGAGGAGAAGAAGCUAGAUUCCAAAAAGAAGACGAGGGUGAACUACAAAAGGCAGAAGAAAGUAAAUCGGAAAGAGGAGAGAAUGCUAGACUCCAAAAAGGAGCCGAGGAUGAACCACAAAAGGCAGAAGAAAGUAAGUGGGAAAGAGGAGAGGAAGCUAAACUCCAAAAAGGAGACGAGGAUGAAUUACAAAAAGGAAAAAAAGAUAACUUUCCAAGCAAGAAGAGAGAUAUUCAAAGGCAGGUGGUAGCUGGUUCUCAGGAUUUUUCUUUGGACGAGGUUCUGCAAAACGUAGAAGCAGACCCACUUUUAAUAUUAGAGGAGGAAAAGAUACAAAUUAAAAACGUUUCGGCUACUCCCUCAUUGGGCUACUCUAUUCACACAGAUAUACAUCUUGAAGCUGAAACUACCCUAAAAUUUCAAGAUCCUUCUAUAAUAGCUGCAAAGGUUUCCACUGAUGACGAUGAAGUACCACCGAAAUUUAAUGUGGUCAAAUCAGCUGAAGUACUGGAAUACGAAAAGUAUUUAAGAGAAUUAGACAACGAGGAAGGUGAAAGUGAUGAUCAAUAUGAUGAGAAUAAGGAAAUGGAAUUGAAAGAAGGUAAUUUAAUUAAAGAAUGCUCCGAGGAAAAUCCUUUUAAUGAAUCGAAUGAACCAGGCUUAAAAUCGAUGAGUGAUCUCCAAAAGAUUAGCUCUGCAGGAAAUGAGGCCGGUGAAAUUGAACAUAAACCGUCGAAAAUAUUGCACGAAACAUUUGUUAUUGGACAAGAUUCUAUUGAAGAGCCAGUUGCAUUUGAUUCUCCUGAGCCACAUGAAUUUAGAAAAGCUGAAGACUUGGAGUCAGGUGAUUUUAAAACAAACAUUGGUCGCUUAACAAAAAGUGAGUUUUUCAUGAAUAUGGAAGAUACCGAAGAGUCUGACGAUGGAUCUUCCGAUUACGAUGCAAAUCUUUUGGGUACAAUUAAACUAGUUCACCCGAAUGAAUCAAGUUUAUCUGGUAUAGAGGAUAGAUUAGAAGAAAUGAAAGAAGACUCUAAUAAUGAUAAAUCUAUUCGUGCAACUAGUGGCCUCAUGACAGAAUUGAGUUUGAAAGCAAUAGCUAUAAGUGAUCCAGCUUUAGCACAGGCAAAAGCAGACGAGAGCUAUCAUGAAGUAUCUGCUAAGUUUGAUUCGAUGAAGCCGUGUGAAGAUUCUAAACAACUUUCAGAUGUUAAUCCUGGACAAAAUAUACGGGACAAUAAAGAUAAAAAUGUCAGCGAUAUUGAUAACGAAAAUUUGCCUAGCAUUGGUAUCGCAAAACAAUUUGCCGACAACCAGAGAGAGACUGGUAAGGUCGAUGAAACACGAUCUGCUACUUUGGUUGAUGAACAAUUGAAAAUUUCUGAUAAGAAGCUAUCUAUGACAGUUGGUGAGGAAAUUGGAGAAACGGAAGUUAAAACGAAGAAGGAAAUGGUUUUUGCAGACGAACUAGAAUUGUCAAAUAGCCAGUUAACUGCUGAAAAUAUAGCCGAAACCGAAAGAAAGUCAGCCUUUGUCAAUCAAAUACUUCAAACAGAAAAGUUGAUAUCGUCAAAUAAUAUAUCAACUCAGACAACUUUUGAAGCCAGCCCUCCAGAUAAGGCCAUUUCACCUGAUUCUAGUAAGGUUAAGAAGAAAAACUAUGAUAAACGGAACAAGAAUUCUUCGACUUGUGUAGAAGAUUCUUGCCAGACCGAGCUAACCUUUCCUCCAACCGAGACCUCUACAAAUCUUCCAAAGUACGACUUUCAAGAUCCAAGUCUGGCUAGUUUAAAAGAGGAACAUGAAAAGUUGUUAUCUCUUUUAAAACAAUCAAAAGAAGAAAAAUUGAAAUCUUUAAAGUUGAAAAAAAAUUUGCUCUCAUCGAUACGCAAGGAAUACAAUUUAAGUACAUCUACAGAUUCUCUUCCAAUUAUCAUAGUAGAGGAAGCAGAUGACGAUUGUGAAGAUCUUGUAGAAUUACCAAGAGACCGGUGCUACUCUAUGAAUGAACAACUUUUAGAAAUAAGCUUGAACAGAAAUCCAAAUUCUCUAUCCGGUAUUGAAAUAAGUUCCCCGGAACUGUACGAAAUAUUAUCGAAAUCAACGGAUAGUGAAAAUAUUGAGGACAUUUUAGCAACAAACACAAACAUAUCCGAUGAUCUUAUAGAACAAAUAAGACUUGCCAAAGAUGCUCUAGCCAGGGCUAUGGGGGGUAAAUCAUCAUCAGAGCAAGUUAUGAGAGGAUUUAUUACUCCAAAUCUUCCUGUCGUUACUUUACACUUAAUGAACGUGGAGACAAAAUCGGACGUAGGUAAUAUUGUUGAAGAUGUACUUGAAGAGACAGAAAUUAUUGAAGACGUUCAUGUUGAGAAUGCGAAAAGUUUUAAACCUUAUCCUUUUGUGGAAACAGUCAGCAAUAUCACCCAACCAAUUUCACCUAUAAGCGAUGAUCAAUUUCACGAGCAAUCGAAAAAUGUACAGGGUGGAAGUACCUCAUCCUCAGGUUUUCAUGAAAUGAAAGUCAGCCUUCAAAUGUCACCUCAAAAUCUUCAGAAAUUAAGCAAAAAGUAUAAGGAUGCUAAAAUGAAAUCUAAUCGCUCUGAUGCCUCAAAUGAGAAUGCUAAGUCAACUGAUCGCCCAUUCGACAGUAUAUCAUCGUUGGACUUUGAGGAAAUACAAUCAGAUAAGCUAAAGGGAAGCUUUCUUACUGACUUUGCUUCUUCUUUUGAACUUUUAGACACUGAUGAAGAAAAUUUCUACAAAGCGCUCAAUACAUCAAAAACAAGCGAUAGUUCUAUUCAAAUAGAGGUUGACAUGAAGGAUGAAAGUAUUGGAACUGAUGACGAAUUAGAAAGACUCCGCCUAGAGCGGGAGAGAAUUUCUAAUAUGCUUGCUAAAGAUGUUCUACCCUCAAAUUCUCAAGUUGAGCUUGCUGAAGCUCAAAUGAAUUAUGUUAUGGGUCAAACUGACAUACUUCUAGACGCCUUAGACAGAGAUGAGGACUCCUUAGAAGAACUUCUAAUCGGAUUUCAAACUCCCGAAAAGGACAUUGAGAGUAUUGACUAUGAUUUUCAGACAAGAUAUCGUCAAGAGCUUACUCUAGAAAGAAACAAUAUUGAAGAUAAAAUUGCAGAAUUAGAAAAUGAUCAAGAGAGUAAAGCUGACAGCAGCUUCUCUCAACCAGUGUCCUUAAAUGUUAGCAGAGAAAGUAGACGCAAAAGAAACGGUCCAUCACCCGUUAGAAAAGCCCAAUUCGAACGAAAUGUACAAAUUGAAGCGUUCAGAUUAGAGCGGCUAAAAGUAAAUUCCGAUUUUGAAAGGAAGAAAUUUACACCAAGAUUUAGAAGUUUGAGUCCUUAUCGAGAUAAUAUUGAAGAAAAAGAUGAAAUUCCCAAUGCCCCCAUUUAUGCAGAAUCUCUAACGCCUAGACAAAGAAUGAAAUAUUUGGCAAGCAAACGGCGUCGACUACUCAGAGAUUCAAAAUCGAAAAAGAAGACGAUUGUAACAACAACAGCCGGUGACUUGUUAACUACCACACCCCAGGUUUAUUCAACAUCUGUGAUAUCUAGUUCCUCAAGACAUCGUCACUUGGACUUGAAAGAAUUAUCUGGAUUUGAAUCACCACCAUUAAUUUCAACUCCUCGAAGAGGAUCUGAUUGGGACGAUUCAACUAGAAAAUUGUUAGUCGAAAAUCAGGAUGCAAGAUCAGCGAAUCGAAAGGAAGUUAGAAUAGCAAGAGAGGCUUUGGAGAGAACACCUGUUGAUCCAGAAAGAUAUUUAAAUUUUGAGGGACAUAUGGACAGAAUUAUUAAACUAGAAGAGGCUAUUGACAACGAAAUUGAACGAAUGAAAGUUAGAUAUCUGCCCGAUUUCAACAUCUCCGAUACAAGGACUACUUAUAAAGAUUCACUAUCGAUAGCUGACGCGGCGAUUAAUCGCCACGAACGCACUUUGGCAGCACUUGGUCGAAGUAAAAGUCGAACUUCUAAACCCUAA